AAAUAGCCCAGGCUUGAGGCAGCGGCUGCAGCUGUGGAUCCGACCGCCUUCCGCGUGGCUCCAUUGGCGCUGGCCCCGCAGUGGUGGGCUCGAUUGGCUGCCUAGCCUGCAUUGACGUCCCUUGGAGCCCGGUGGCAGCCGGAGGUAAACAGCCAUGUGCAAUCCUCCACUCUAUAUUUAACAGCUGCUGCGGAGAAGGCAGGGACGCAGAGAACGGUGGCAGCUCUGGGGACAGCUCUUGUCUUGGGGAGAAGGCCCUCGCAGCCGCAGCCGGGCUGGCACCGGCCCGCACCGUGUCCGCGUCACCAUGCCAGCCUCCCAGAGCAGGGCCCGUGCCCGGGACCGCAACAACGUCCUCAACCGAGCCGAGUUCCUGUCCCUGAACCAGCCCCCGAAGGGGGUCCCAGAGCCCCGCAGCUCCAGCAGGAAGGCCUCAGGCCCCUCGGUGCAGCCCCCAGCCCCUGGCGACGGGGCCCGCGAGCGGCGCCAGUCUCAGCAGCUGCCCGAGGAGGACUGCAUGCAGCUGAACCCGUCCUUCAAGGGUAUCGCCUUCAACUCCCUGCUGGCCAUUGACAUCUGCAUGUCCAAGCGACUGGGGGUGUGCGCAGGCCGGGCCGCGUCUUGGGCCAGCGCCCGCUCCAUGGUCAAGCUCAUUGGCAUCACGGGCCACGGCAUCCCCUGGAUCGGGGGUACCAUUCUCUGUCUGGUGAAGAGCAGCACGCUGGCCGGCCAGGAGGUGCUCAUGAACCUACUUCUGGCCCUGCUCCUGGACAUCAUGACGGUGGCCGGCGUGCAGAAGCUCAUCAAGCGGCGUGGCCCGUUCGAGACGAGCCCGAGCCUCCUGGACUACCUCACCAUGGACGUCUACGCCUUCCCUGCCGGGCAUGCCAGCCGCGCGGCCAUGGUGUCCAAGUUCUUCCUCAGCCACCUGGUGCUGGCGGUGCCCCUGCGUGUCCUGCUGGUCCUCUGGGCCUUCUGCGUGGGCCUGUCACGCGUGAUGAUCGGACGUCACCACAUCACGGACGUCAUCUCGGGCUUCAUUAUCGGCUACUUCCAGUUCCGCCUGGUGGAGCUCGUCUGGAUGUCCUCCAACACUUGCCAGAGGCUCAUCUCUGCCUGGUGAACCGCCGCCCAUGGCUCUGGCAGGGGGGGCCCGAGAGAGGAGGCAGGAGGAGGCGGGCCGGCGGGGGAGGGGUGGCCUGGGCAGCCCCAAGUCCUCUUCCCCAUCUCGGCCGGAGGCGGGCGACCUCAGGCGGGCCCACCCAAUGUGCGGCAUGUGCAGUAGUGCCGGGUGGCCCCUGCUCCUUUGCUUGGACUCUGAGUCUCUCUCCAGGCAGGCCAGGACCCCGCGUGGGGACGGUCCUGCUUAGCUUCAGCUCUGGAGGUAGCAGGUGAGAACCAAGGUGGCAGGAGAGGGACAGAAUGUUGUCUUAUCCUUUCAUCAUCAUGACUGUUGAGUUCUUGGUUGUGCCCACUAUGCCACAGUACGACACCUGGCAAAAUACCCCCAACCUACCACCCAACACAGAUGCCAUUAACGGCCAUCGAGCGCUUAGGGCAGCGCUUUCCACUGGACACCAGCUUGCAAGAUGCUUUGGGAAGAAAAAGGGUUUUGUGGUCAAAUAAAUUUGGGAAAUGCUGCAUACUCUGCCCCCAUGUUGGACAUUCACAGGGGUUGUUAUUGUCGUAAAGGCUCUGACAAGUCCUGUAGAAAAGCUUCCUGUCGAACCUUGUGUAACCCCAUGUUUCCUAAGCUUAUCUGAGCACAGAACCCUUUUCUUGUGGAACAGCUAUGAAUCCCCAAGGAACCGUCGUUUCCUCAAGCUCGUUUUGGGAGAUGCUGCCCAGGAGCCAAAGGGCCUGAGGUGUGAGCUGGCCUCUCCCAGCACUGACCGGAGCUGGUCACCCCUCGCUGACCGGUGCCACCGCCUGUGGAAAGCGCACCGCCCAUGGGCAUCAGUGCCGCUUUGGCCCCCAGGGGCCGGACUCCGUGUGACCUAAUAGGUCGUUUCCAAGUCAGCUGUUACGGAUGUGCAUUUCAUGUGACAAUACAGGUGACAUGCA